AUACUACAGAUUCUCACCUUUGAAUUAAUCACUAAAAUAUGAGAGUUUCCCUACUCUCAUCCACAAAUUGUCUUCUACUAAUCUUAAGAACAGUAAAUGAAUAACAAUCAAUUAAAAUAAAAAUUUCAUAAAAUAACAAAUUGCAAUAGAAAUUAUUUUACAAAAAGAGAAAGGGUGAAAUUUUGGGUUAAGGGUUGAGGUUGAGGGGGAAGGGCGGAAGUUACCGUGAAGAGAAGAAUUGCUUUGGAGGUGGAAUUGGGGAAGUUAUCAUUGGUUUUGGACUUUUAUUUCUUUUUUUUAAUUGUUUAAUGAUUAUCCACAAUUAUUAUUUUGAUUGUUUGACAUGAAUAUCCACAAUUGCUUUGGAGGUGGAAGUGGGGAAGUUAUCAUUGGUUUUGGACUUUUAUUUCUUUUUUUUUAAUUGUUUAAUGAUUAUCCACAAUGAUUAUUUUGAUUGUUUGACAUGAAUAUCCACAAUUCCUAGACCUUGUUUAUAAACUCAAAUUAUGAAAGUAAGGGUAAAGUUGUCUUUUUGUGUGUUUUUGGUUGACAAAGACUCUUCUUUUAAUAAUAAUAUAGAUUAUACGCUUUGUCGUUCACCAAAGCUAGCGAACGAGGAAGUGAGUGUUCUAGCGGUUGUUGCUAGCACUUCUCUUUUGUGUAUGAAGCUACAUUUAUCGAUAAGAUUGUUAUGGAGAUCUUAGUCAAAGUACUGCAACGCACAUAUUUGAAUGUGGCCAAAUACCCAGUUGGAAUACAAUCUUGCGUUCAAAAGGUGAAAGGGCUUUUAGGUGUCGGAGGAAAUGAUCCUUUUGUGGUUGGGAUUUGGGGGACAUCUGGAAUAGGCAAGACAACAAUUGCAAAAGCUAUUUAUAAUGCAAUUGCUCAUAAGUUUGAAGUUAGUUGUUUCCUGGCAGAUGUUAGCGAAAGAUCGGCAUCACGUGAAGGCGUAAUCCAACUACAAAAGACUCUUCUUUCUAAAGUUCAAUGUGGUAAAAAGUUGAAAAUUGACGAUGCUUAUCAAGGAAUCAGUCUUAUAAAGAAACUGUUGAGGCGAAAGAAGAUUCUCUUAAUUCUUGAUGAUGUGGAUGAACUGGAGCAGUUAAACAACUUGGUUGAAGUCGAUUGGUUCGCCAAGGGUAGUAGAGUGAUCAUAACCACAAAAGAUAGAGGUUUGCUGGAAUCUUAUGGUGUUGGGUUGAUACACGAGGUCGAAAAGUUAAAGGACGGAAAAGCCCUUGAGCUUUUUAGUUUGAAUGCCUUCCGAAGAAAUGAACCUCCGGACAAUUAUUUGGAACUCGCACAACGUGCAAUAGCCUAUGCUGAAGGCCUUCCGUUAGCUCUUAAUCUUAUAGGUUCUCAUCUGCGUAAUAAAAGUAUAGAUCGUUGGCAAGCUAUAUUGGAUAAUUACGAUUCUUAUGAUGGAGAACCUUAUAGAGGUAUUCAAAACAUACUUCGAAAAAGUUAUGAUACCUUGGAUAAUGUCCUGCAACAAGUUUUUCUAGACAUUGCAUGCUUCUUCAAGGGUGAAAAGAAAGGCUAUAUGUUACAAAUAUUAAGAAGUUCGAAGCUCCAUGUACCUUCAGAUUGUAUUGAAGUACUCGUUGAGAAAGCCAUCAUAACUAUUGAAGAUAAUACGAUUUUGAUGCAUGACUUACUAGAAAAAAUGGGUAAGCGUAUAGUUAGUGAAGAAUCACCCAUUGAACCAGGCAAGCGGAGCAGAUUGUGGCAUCAUGAAGAUGUGUACCGUGUUCUAACUGAAAACAGAGGAACCAAGAAAAUUAAAGGCAUUGUGGUAAAGUGGCCCAAACCAGAUUUGAUACCUUUGAAUUCCAAAAGCUUCUUCAAGAUGGUAAAUCUUGAAAUUUUUAUAAGCCGUAAUGCACUUUUUUCUGGAUGCGUUGAUUAUAUGCCCAACUAUUUAAGGUGGAUUGAUUUGGGUGGAGAUAAGUUUCGAAUUUGGGGAUCCAAUAUUCUUCAAAAGCAUACGGUUACUUUCAAUUUGCAAUAUCUUCCAAGACAUCUUGUGACAUAUAAUAUGUCAUACAGUGACAUUAGAAAAUUGAAGGGAUUUAAGAAUUUGGCAAAUCUUACAUAUAUGAAUUUACGUGGGUGCAAAUUUCUGGAAAAAAUCCCCGACUUAUCCGGAAGUCCAAACAUAGAAUUUUUGGAUCUUCAUGGCUGCACAAAUUUGGUUGAGGUUGAUGAUUCUAUUGGAUUCCUUGAUAAACUUGUUACAUUAAAUCUUAAGGGGUGCUCUAGGCUUACAAGGUUUGCACCAAAACUUAGAUUGAGAUCCCUUAAAAGCCUUUAUCUUCAUGGUUGCACGAGGCUCGAGAGUUUUCCAGAAAUAGAGGAUGAGAUGGAAUCUCUAACGUAUUUGGAUAUACAAAAAAGUGGCAUAAGAGAAUUGCCUUCAUCAAUUGCAUAUCUUACUGGGCUUGCCGAAUUGUUAGCAAAUGAAUGUGAGAGCCUUGUAGGUACAUCAUUACAUCAUCUUUAUGGGUUGCCACAUCUCAUUCAGGUUUCUUUCGGUCAAUGCCCAAAACUGAUGACAUUUGGGAAGAACAAGAUGAAGUUUGAUGAAGUUUCAUCCAGCAGUACCAAAUCUCAACUGCUUUCAAAUGACUUAAAGACCUCACAGGACAACUAUAACACAUUUGCUCUUCCCAACCUACAUUCUCUUCAUCUCGAAGGAUGCAAUUUAUCAGAAAGUAAUUUCCUUUUGCCUCUUGAUUGCUGGUCCACAUUAACACAUCUUGAUCUCUCAAGAAACAAUUUUGUUAGUCUUCCGGAUUGCAUUAGCAAAUUUGUCCACUUGGAAACACUUUGUUUGAAUGGUUGCAAGAGGCUUCGGGAAACUCCACAAGCCCUUCCACCAAACUAAUCGAGUUAUAUCUGGAUGAUUGCACAUCAUUGGGGAAAAUUUCAAAACUGCCCCCGGAGCUUCAAGUUCUGCACCUGUUAAAUUGCUUUAGACUAUGUGGCCAUGGGGUGGCAAAGUUGGAAAAUAAUUUGUUGAAUGAGGGAUUUUUUCGGCGCUCUAUCUUGGAUGUUAUUUAUCCCGGCAAUGAAGUUCCAAAAUUGUUCAACUGUACCUCUAGCCAUCGCACAACCUUUCAACAUCUA